AUGGAGAUGCAAAAGAGUACCCCGAGAGCUCAAAGAUUGGUUUUAGUUCCAUGUCCAUGCCAAGGUCACAUAAACCCGAUGCUUCAGUUCGGUACGUUUCUUCACUCGAAGGGAUUUUCCAUUACCAUCGUUCACACCCAGUUCAACUCUCCCAGCCCUUGCAACCACCCUGAGUUCACCUUCAUUCCGAUUCCUGAUGGCCUAACUGUUCCUCUAGCCACAUCUGGGAAUAUAAUAGCUAUUCUCUUGGCUAUCAAUGCAUUUUGCAAAGCGAGUUUGGAACAUUGUUUGACUACUCAAGUAAUGAAACAAGAGCCGGAGAAGAAGAUCACCUGCAUCAUCUACGACGAAUUCAUGUUCUUCUCUGCAGCUGCUGCUAAUCAUCUAAACAUCCCAAGCAUCAUCCUUCGUACUACCAGUGCGGCCAAUUUUCUUGCUCGUAUCACUGUCAUAGAACUUCAUUCGAAAGGCCUCAUUCCCUUCCCAGAUUCUGUGUCAUUCGACCUGGUGCCUCAAAUCCAUCCCAUCAGAUUCAAGGAUCUGCCCAUCUCACCCUGGGACACUAUAGAAAAGUUUAUGGAACUAAUAAUUGACGUGCAUGAUGUUAAGAUAUCUUCAGCCAUCAUUUGUAAUACCACAGUCUGCCUUGACGAAUCAUCACUAGCAUGGAUCCAAAAACAUAGCCGAGCACGGAUUUUCUGCAUGGGCCCUCUUCACAAAAUCACAACAGCCGCCUCUAGAACACUUGAAGAGGACACAAGCUGCAUUGAGUGGCUUGACAAGCAAUCUCACAAAUCAGUUAUCUAUGUCAGUUUGGGGAGUAUAGCAUCCAUUGGUGAGAAUGAACUAGCAGAAAUGGCUUGGGGAUUAGCUAACAGCAAGCAACCUUUCUUGUGGGUAAUCAGACCUGGUUCCAUUACCGACUCAGAUUGGAUAGAGCUGUUGCCUCAAGAGUUUAGAGAAGCUUUUGGAGAAAGAGGUUUCAUAGUGAAAUGGGCACCCCAAAGGGAAGUUUUGGCUCAUGGCGCUGUGGGGGCGUUUUGGACUCAUUGUGGCUGGAACUCAACUCUUGAAAGCAUAUCUGAAGGGGUUCCGAUGAUUUGCAAACCGUGUUUUAGUGAUCAGAAGGUGCAUGCAAGGCAUGUGAGCAAAGUGUGGAAACUAGGUAUAGAAUUGGGAGAUGAGUUUGAGAGGCGAGAGAUAGAGAGAGCUGUUAGGAAAGUUUUGGUGGAUAACGAUGGGGAGGAAAUCAGGGUGAGGGCCAAAGAUAUGAAGGAGAAAAUACAAGUUUCUAUGAGCAAGGGUGGAUCUACCUACAAUAUCGUGAAUGAGCUUGUUGAACUCAUCAUGGGAUUCUAA